AUGCAUGGGCGUGAAAAGUCCCAUGAUACAAUGGGAAUGAAACGAGAGAUUGAACAGGUUAUGGACACGACCAUAUUCAUCACCAGUGACAUUUUUGAUAAUGAAAAUGCACGAUCAACCGUAAAUAUAAAUGAUGAAGAAAAGGAGAAAAUAUUUACAACAACACCAAUACCAACACCAAGAAACAGAAUGAGAAAGAAAACAACAGCAGCAGUCCCAAUUGUACCAAAACAAGUCAGAGUUUUGGCUUCUAAUCGACGUGCUCCAUCAUAUGUUUCAGUACAGAAAGCCAGAUGUGCUUUAUGUCUUAAUAAAAUUGCACUCGUUCAAGUAGAUGGCGACUAUGGAACUAAUAUAUACGAUGAUAUAAGAACGUAUACUAAUGGUCAAUCUCACCAAUCGUCCACGGUUAAACUUUAUGAAGAGACAACGCAUAAUCUACGCGUUCAGCUUGACUGUGGUGGAGAUUCUACUGACAGUCCAUGUAGUGAUUCCUUAACUGUACAAAUGUGGGUCGAUUAUAAUGACAAUCGAUUUGAUGAUAGUGAGAGUCACACUCUCCAUCGUUCGUGGCCAAAUAAUGGUGCAUCUACCGGUACAUAUGAUUUACAAAUCUAUGUACCAGCUAUUGAUGUAAUAACAACAACGCCGUAUGUUUAUAUGGCGCCAAUCUGUUCGAUACCGUCACCCAGAAUUAUUCUCGUUAUCAUGGCCGGUGAGGUUGGCACCGAGAUACGAGAUGAUAAAGUAUAUACUGCAUUAAAUACUUAUGAAAACCAACAUCAUAUGGGGGUCACAUUGUAUGAAAAUACAAUUUAUUUGCUGCGUGUUCAGUUAGCUUGUCCAACCCAACUGAGCACUGAAUUAACAGAGACAGGUUGUAAUCUAGCUCAAGAAGUCAAUGUUUGGGUUGAUUGGAAUGAUGAUGGAAAUUUUGAUGCAUCAGAAAUUGGAGCUCCACAUUUAUGGCCAGUUACAAGUUACUUACCUCAAGGCGUGUACGAUAUUCAAUUGAAUAUCCCUUUGAUUGAUGAACGAUAUAUAGCAAAUAGAUCGCAUCGUAUGCGCAUUGUUGUGACGCCAGAUGAAAAUUACCGAAGAACAUGUGGUAAUUAUCAACAAUAUUCUGAACGAAGAGAAUACGAUGUGAAUAUUAUUUCACGCUCAUCAUAUUUACCUGCACCUGAUGCGAUACAUCCUUAUGUAGCACCAGAAAACAUUACAUGCACACCACAAGUUGGCAAAAUUAUUUUUGCUAUAAUGCCUGGGGAACAUCGAACUCAAAUACGCGAUGACUUUUCAACAAGAGCAUUAUUGGGCAACGAUGAUCAUGACCAACAUCUUUCCGUGAUUCUCCGUGAAGGUAAUACCUAUUUGUUUAGGUUACAAUUCGAAUGCGACGACAGACUCAAUAGAGGUUACUCAGAUAAGAAUUGUAACUUACCUCAUGAUACCAAUGUAUGGAUUGAUCUCAACGAUGAUGGAGAAUUCAGUGAAGGAGAACGUGCAACGCCUUACCUCUGGCCACUAACAAGCUAUUUACCACAGGGGGUCUAUGAUCUCCAAGUACGCGUACCUCUUGUCGAUGGUAGACAAAUAAAAAGUGGGCCUCAUCGUAUGCAACUUGUUAUUUCUUUAAAUCAGCACUAUCGAAGAAAAUGUGCUUAUCCAAAUUAUUAUGAGGUGCGUAAUUAUACAGUUACAAUCGUAUCGAACACAAUAAAAUCAGUUGAUGUUGGAGGUCCCUAUUUGCAAUUAAGUGAUGCUGUGUGUACUCAAACUAACGCACAUAUUGUGUUAGUUAUUAUGGCUGGUGUAGAUGGUACUCAGAUCAGAGACGAUACACGAAAUAAUACCAGAAUCAGUGAAUAUCAAAACCGCCACCAUAUGGCGGUAAGCGUCUAUGAGAAUACAAAUUAUCGUAUUCGAAUUCAAUUAGACUGCAAUCCAGCUUCGAGUAGAGGCCCACUUAAUAAUUAUUGCAAUCUUGCUCAAGAUGUUGAUGUUUUGAUUGAUUUAAAUGACGAUGGGCACUAUGAUCAAUCCGAAAGCUUUAUUCCACAUCGCUGGCCACUUCGUAGUUCAAUUCCUUUGGGUCUUUAUGAUCAUGAAUUGGCUAUACCAGCUUCGACUGAUUCAUACAGAAGAACUGGUACACAUCACAUGCGUAUCGUUGUAAAACCGAGUGAAGAGUACAACGCGAAAUGCGGUCAUACAGAUAUUAUAGUUCGAGUACGAUCUCAACUAUGUCAAGAUAUGGAUCAAUAUGCUCAAUGCUCGGCAAGUAGUGCAUGCGGUUGUUUUCAUAUGACAAAUGCUGAUAAUACUGGUAUUUGUGGAUUUCUCUGGCCGAGUUGUUCUCAACUUAAACCGUGUAGUCCUUCAAACAAUACAUGUGAUCCGUUGAAUACUGUCUGUGUUCAACAUCCUCGAUGUAAUAAUCAUUCUGUUUGUUAUCCAAUAUCGAUGAUUGACGAACGAAUCUGUCCAUUGAUAUCAACAACGAGCAGCUCAACUACAACAACUACUCAACAAUCAUUUUGUCCGAGAUUAAUAACAUUCGAUAAUGUUUCUGGUGCUGGUCGUUAUUCACAACCAUUGCCCAAUGGAUUUUCAGGUUUUCAGUGGGUGAAUGCCAAUUAUAUGAAUGUUUCCUACCAUGAAGAAAUCAAUGGUUGGUCGGGUUUUUCAACUGUUCUUUCGAGUGGUAAAUAUAUCGGAUGGAAUAAAGAUGGUCAAAAGCUUUCUAUGAUUAUAAAUGCAGCUCCAAGUUUUACUUUAAAAUCGAUGAUGUUAGCAUCAGCAUGGAAUGAUAAUUUAACAUUAGAAAUAAGUGGUAAAGGAUUGGGAACUGUUAACAAAUCAAUAAAAUUAACAUUACAAUUGCAACCACAAUGGGUAGAACUCAAUUGGUCACACGUAGAAAUUGUUCAUUUUUCAUCUUAUGGUGGAGAACAAAAUUCAAAUGUCACAAGAAAUGGAACAGAAUUUGGAAUUGAUAAUUUAUGCGUAGAAUUUUCGAAAUAA